CACACUUGUUAGAUCCUACCCUGUGGCCUGUACCUAAUUAACACUAUUCUCCAAUUCUCCUUUUCCUUGUCUGUUUCAUAUUUGGUUCCCCAUGGGCCAUGAGAGAGCCCACCGGCCUUAAAAAAAACCAAUAACCUGAUUUCCCGGUUUUCCUCGUCGACCAACCCUAUAAAGCUCCCGUCGUGUUUCCCCAACCUUCUUUCUCCUCGGUACAAGCAGGCAGGAAGGAAAAUCAAAUAGAAAUUGAUUUCCUGGCAAGGCUUUGGUGUUUCUUUCUUUUACUUUGCUAUUUCUCUGUCGACGUACAACAGAAGAGAAGAGAAGAGAGAGAGAAGAGAUGGCGCUGCAGUUGUUCUUCACGGUAGCUUUCUCGGCCGCGCCUUUGACUCUGUACAUACCGCCUGUGAGGAGCUUGAAUCUGUUUGUCGAGAUGAUGGAGGAGAUGGUGAGGGAGUCUAGGCUCUACACGGUCCGCUACUACCCACGAGCCAGGAACGUCUGGUCAAGGCUCUGGAACAGAUUCCUCUGCAAUUUCAGGUUGAGUUCAACUGUUACUACUACCAGAUAGAUAGAUGAUUCCUUUUCCGUAUGAUUGAUACCCAACAGUUCGUUUGUACAUUCUCCUCCGCUUCCCUUCUUGGGUUCUGGGUUCCGGUUUUGCAUUUCUUUGUUGGUUGUUGAUUUUGAGGGGUUGCUUGCUGGGUUGCGAUACUAAGUUGUGUGAGUGAUGAUGUGCUUUUGUAUGAAAUCUUGUAUACCCUUUUGGAGAUAGGUGAAUGGAUCGUUGAUUUGUUAUGAUACAUGUAUGUAUGUUCCUUCUGGUAGCCACAAGUCAAUUCCAAAGAAGAAAGGAACACUUGCGGUGCUGAGAAAAGUCUAUAUGCUCUUCUUUUUUGGACAGUAGUAGUCAAUGCUCAGCAAUCGAGUAUAGUUUGUUGUUUGACUGGCAAAGCUUUGUGGUGAAUGGAGAACCAGCAAAGCAAGAUGCAUUACCUGGGUUGUUGCUGAAACUGCGUUUCGGGUCUGAAUGAAUGUGCUCUUCAAAA